AUGUGGAUAUACGAGCGUCACAUGGACAGAGUUAUUGUAGAUGGAAAUUAUUGGGUGAUGUUAAGUCAUUGGAUGUUUGGGAUGAAUGAGAUGGAAGCUGGUGACCACAUUACUAUCACUGUUACAGAGCCAGAUGAUGAACUUGUAAAGGAGUGUGGGGUGAGUCUUGUGUAUGAUGAUGGAGAAGAAGAAGAAGAUGCAUUGGGUUAUUACAAGUCAUGGAAUCACAUAAUUGGUGGAGAUCUCUCCCCUUUUCAAACAACAACAGGAGAAUACAUCCUAGACAAUAUGCGGUUUUUUGCUGAUGGCAUUCACUUGUUUCCCUAUCAUCGAAAAUUCGUUCCAGAUGGUCCCAACUUUCAAGAAAAAAAGGGAAUGUGGUUUAGAGCUUUAUCUCCAAGGAAGCCGGACAUAAUUGGUCGCUUAGGUGAGGGUAAGGGGGAAUCUUCAAGGUCUCAUCCUUCACAUGAAAAUGCUUGAAAAAGAGCGGCUGUCUCAUUUGAAAAUAGAUUCAUUCGUCAAAUGGGUAACCUAUGCUACUGCAACUCGAUGAGUUCUAUCCAAAAUUUCCACAAGUAAGAUGGUUUGCUCCUCAGGUAUUUGAAUUUUUCUUUGUCAUCCACCAUUCCCACCACGAAACCCCAUCUUGAACCAACACCCAAACUCAGUGUUGAGUUGCCUUGAAUUUAUGUUAGACCAUGUAUAUUUGAGCAGUGAGAGUAUACAAGAAGGUAUUGAUUUGUACUUUUGUUUCAUUUUUAAUUCAGUUAUUUAAAU